AUAGGUUCUCUAGACACACUAACCUGAAGAAAGCUAUCCAAAGAUUAUGCAGUGCUUGAAAAUUGCAGCAGUCAUCUUAGCUUGUUCAGUCCUGCUGACUCAGACACACUGCGCUGCGUUGCAUCCACAAAGCUCUCAGCUGACUAGGCUUAAGAGAAUGACACCUUUCUGGAGAGGUGUCACGAGACCAGUUGGAGCACCAUGCAGGGAUGACAGUGAAUGCUUCAGCAGACUAUGCAGGAGUAAACGCUGUUCUGUAGCAAUAUCAGAAGAAUGAUGCUUCACUGUGGAGAAGAAAAUGCUGUUGAUUCAACUCACAAUUUUCCUGUUUGUUUAUUUAUUAUUACCACCCUAGAACCACUGCAUGUAUUUAAAGUUUUGCAAUUCAAACCUCUGAACAGAUGUAAAUGUACUGGCUGGGAGCUGUUUUAGGCUAUACCUCUGUGAGCCUGUAGCCAAACUUUAGUAGCUUAAAUUUAUCUUAGUUUUUAUACUUUGUAUUUUUUUAACAAGACAUUAAAGAGCUCUUUGAGCAACUAUUUAUCUUGCAUAUGAUCAGCCAACUGGAAAUAAACUGAAGGUGCAUGGAGCAAAACUGAA